UCUCUGCCGGAUCUCGAGCCAAUAGCUAAAAUCUAUCGCCGGUUCUUGGUCUGAAAUUCUAUCAACCUAAAGAUUAGUUCUAAACGGCUACGUCCGAUUAGUGCCGCGAAUCAGAGUCUGAAAUUUUAAUCAUUGCCCACGUGACGGUCCACCGCUUAGGCAAUCGGGCUCCUUGGUCAAAUACUUAAAUUUUAAACUUGCUAAAAUCUCGGUUGAUUCGACUCACUCAAAACAGGAUCAUCGGUCUCGUGACGGUCCACAGCCUAGGAAUCCGGACUCCUAGAUCUAGAUCCUGAAUUAAAAUAAAAUAACUCGCGUUCGUAUUCGAUAGAUAGGGGAGUGCAUCAUCUCGGUACCCCAGUAGCUUCGAAUCCGAAUAGUGCUUUUAAUUUCGCUGAAUCUAAUUCACGAAGCCACAGUGCCGUGUCCCAGUGCAAUUAAAAAUAAAAGACAUAAACUGUAUAAUUUCGCAAUCAUAAAUUCAAAUUGGUGAACUGUGAGAGAGUGUGAUCAGCGAAAAAUUGUAAACCACUUCAACCAGAGUGGACUUGGAAAACGAGCGCGAGGUCAAACAAAAAAAGGACCAGUUUCCUAUCGCCCAAACCAGAUGACAACACGAGCGUCUCGUUCAUAUUCAUCGGUCGUCAGUAAUUCUUCAACGUCAUUACAAUCCAGAGGUCAGAGAUCUCCAGUAAUUCCAUCAGCUUCUGGUUCUGGGUCAACUGGGCUUGCUAAUGGUGGGACACCAGCAGGCGUUGUUGCUCAGAAUACUCAAGGCAGAUUAAAUCCUGGGAAUCCAUCAACUUCUGCCUCAACUAGUGCUGCUGCUAAUGGUAGUACACCACCAAACGUUGUUACUCAGAAUCCUCGAGGUGGAUUGAAUCCUGGGAAUCCCUUAACUUCUGCCUCAACUAGUGCUGCUAAUGGUGGCACACCACCAAGCGUUGUUGCUCAGAAUCUUCGAAGUGGAAUGAAUCCUGGGAAUCCAUCAACUUUUGCCUCAACUAGUGCUGCUGCUAAUGGUAGCACACCACCAAAUGUUGUUACUCAGAAUCCUCGAGGUGGAUUGAAUCCUGGGAAUCCCUUAACUUCUGCCUCAACUAGUGCUGCUAAUGGUGGUACACUACCAAUUAUUGCUACUCAAGGUUGUCAAGGUGGAUUGAAUCCUGGGAAUCCAUCAACUUGUGCCUCAACUAGUGCUGCUAAUGGUAGUAUACCACCAAUUAUUACUGCUCAAGGUUGUCAAGGUGUAGUGAAUCCAGUAAUUCCAUCAACUUCUGGCAGUGUGCCAUCUUCAUUCACUGCAUCUACUCCAUCCACAUCAGCGGGUGCUCCAUCUACCAGUGCUUUUCAAGCCAUGAAAAAAAGACUCCGCCAAAUGGAAAAAAAAACAAAGAAGCUGAUGAAUAACCAUCAACCAGUACUAAAAAAUCCGGGAAAGAUUAAUCCUUCGGCCCGGAAAAAUCAACAAGUACAAAUUCAACUGGUGCCUACUAAUCAGCCUGUUUAUCAGCCUGUGAUUCAAUAUACUUGGCCGAAUUAUCAUUCCGGGCCCGAAUUUCGGAUCCCCGUGGCCCAGUAUCAUCAGACUUCUCUGCCUUACAUUCGCAACCAACCCCAAGUGCAAUUCGUUGCGGAGUGCCAAGGAGUUCUUCUAUUUCAAGUAUCACCUCAGUUACCCCCUUUUUAGGGAAAAAUUUUAAUUUUAAUUUCUCAAUAUUUAUAUAGAUUCAAUCCAAACAAACAAUUAAUAUGAAAUUAUAAUAAAAACAAAAACAAUAACAAUGAUAAUAACAUUAAGAAUCAUAAUAAAAAUAGUAAUACUAAUAAUCAUUAAAUAUAUUUGUUGAUAAAUAUGUAUGAAAUUUUCAUAAAUUAAUGAUUAUUAUAAGAUGAUUGAUUAAGUGAUUAUAAAAUAUAUAGUUUCAUAAUAUUUCCAACGAUUGAAUGGAUUAAAAAAAAAAACUUUUAUAAUUAUUCCACAAUUAUAAAAGUGUUCAGUCACGAGUUUAAUCAUUUUGAAAAGCUUCGUGUACUUUCGCUACGUACGGGAGCAGCCGAACUCGCUACUGACUUGAAUGUCAGAAUAGUGCCGGGUCACUCGCUAUCUGAGCCCGACACCUGCAAUUUCUUGCUCGUGACCGUGCCACGUCGGCAUGAGAACCCGCUACCAGCCGGCCAAUCAGAGAAAUUGGUGGCUAACUAUUUCCUGUUGGCGCGCUUUUAAGCCAAUGGGAAAAUUCGUUACUGCAGCCAUGCUGCCACGUCACUACCGAGCAGCCAAGAAGGAAGAAGACGACGUCUCUAUUUCCAAUCUACAUCGAUCAGUACAAACACAGCUAUCCAUCCAACCGCUUCGCUCAAAAUAGUAUAUCUCUAGUGUGAUAUAAGUCUGAACCGCUCCGCUAAAUCUCUGCUUAAAUAUUCUCAAUAAUUAGCUAGUAUAUCAAGGCUACUAAUUAUUGAGUAUAUAUUGAAUUGUUGCUCGCGUCUUAUUAAUUAUAAAUUAAUUAUCGCGUCAUUAACCGCUACCGACCACGUGUCGAAUUUAUACGCGUAUUCUUUUACAGUCGCAUUCGCUAUCGCGUAUCUCGCAGUUGCAUUCGCUAUUUUUCUCAUAGUUUUAGUGUACAUAUUCUUUAAUAAAGAUCUAUUCUAUUAUCUGUAAUUUUGUGUUAACUGUUAGUUAUUGAAUUAACCACACCUACACCAGAAUCCCAAAGUACAUUCGCUCAUUUUAUACAUUUCAUAAGUCAGUUUUAUCAAAAACUGUUCCAAAUUAAAUAUCAAUGUAAGAACUUUAAAUUUUAUGAUAAUUAUUACUGAUUAAAAUAAUAAAGCAUUGUGCAAAAUUAUUCAUCAUUUUUUUUUGUUUUUUUUACUCAAUAUUACGUAAGGUAAAAGACCUCA